AUUGUUUAUCAGAUAUUAUUACUCAAAACUAUCAUAAUUACAAGAUAACAUUCAAUCAAUACUGUAUAAUCCUGUGUAUUAUAUUUACAAUAUAUAGGACAAAUUUAUUUGAACGUAUUGUUUGUUUAUUAAAUAUUUUAGCAACAUAACAUCAGUUCAGAUAUACAUGUAUAAAAGACACCUGUAAUCAGGAAGCUAUCUGAAAAAAAAGAAAGAAAUGCUGGGCAUGCGCAAUACAUAAACUUGUUGUCCGGACGAAUUUAGGAGACGGACUCGCGCGUGCGUACAUUGUCUGGGGGAGGAGCCAGAACCCAAACACGAAAAUUAUUAAUGAAAUCGUUAUUGUAAGUAUACGCAGUCGCAUUGGUAAGGAAGACUCCCGUUUUCAACUCAUUUUACAUACUAUAAAAUAUGUGAGAAAUAUACUACAAUGAAAGGUCUGCCACUAACUUACAUCGUGUUCUUUUAAAUGUCUGUUUGCUUAUACAGGAUAAGAGAUGUUAUCAAUUAAUAAAGUGUGAUAUCCGCCGUGACAUAAAGUCAUUGUCAUCAGUUGACAGAAAAAUAAAUAAAAACCUAUAAGUGCACAAACACAGACCACACCCUCAAAAGUUCCUGGAACAAGAUUCAAACUGAUUUUAUAUCGAAGGAAACGUUUUAUUGUAUUGUAGGUCGCUGAUAUACUGUAAGGUACGCCAAUGCAGGUUUAUGUGUAAUAUUUAGAUUGUAAUAAUGUUAGACCUUUUUGUGUGCUGGUUACCUAUAUGUUUUCUUCCUUUUUCAGCAUAAAGUAGCUGCAUAAGAGUUGGCAUGGAAAUCUUACCAUGUGAGGAGGUGGAGCGUGUUACUGGUGCCAAAAUACCUAUGGAGCAAGAUGGUGACACUUGCACUCAACAGUCUGAGUAUUACAAAACCAUCAUCUCUACAUAUUACGGCUUCUCAGACGACUCCAGUGAUGAGGACGACUACAUAGCACCACUGGCAGUUACAAAUGAGGAAAGCUCUAUGUGCUGUGUUUGUGGAGACAGCAUCCCCUUCCUGGGUAACAUGAUAGAGCACUUUAAGACGCACACAGUCGAGGUGCAUUGUCACCUGUGUCGAGCAAAGUUUGGACGUGUAAUCUCGCUGGCGUUGCACUUAAAAAAUGCCCACCCAAAGCACAGUCUCUUGUGUGAAAUCUGCGGAUCAGUCUUUAGUUGCACAUGGCAUCUAAACGGACAUAUGGGAAAGCACCGGAAAGCCGCAAUGGAGGUAAAAGCUGUGGUUAAAAUGGAAGAGAAAGAAGAAAUUAGCAUCAAAGAGACCAUAAGCUGCAUUGAUUUGAAAAGAACAAUCUUGAGGGAUCAUUCAUAUUGUGUCUCAGAACACGCAGCUACGAAUGACACUUGCAGUGACAUCCAGAAACGCAUUGACAAUAAUACAAACUCCACAAAUCAAGCCUCACACAUCAAAACAGAAACUGAAAGAUUGCCUCUUAUUAAAGAUGAACCAAUUGAUACCUUUAGCUUUUCCUCAUUCCCCUUGAACCAAUCAGAGCCAAAGCAUCUUAGUUUUAGGGUGAAGGAAGAGAAUGACAAUGAGGAUGGGCUUAGAGAAACUGCAGUUUACGAGGUGGCUGCAGAGGAGGAAAUUUGCCUGGCAGAAGAUCAAGAAGGUACUGACACUGAUGACGAGGCAAACCCUGAUUCUCUCCCCCCUGGUGACACAGCGUACAACCCAGACGAGGACCUCAGCUCAGAUUCCGAUGACAUUAACUCAAAAUGCAUCUCCUACAGGCAUCACCAAAAGACAAAGAGAGGGAAGCAACAGGUGCCCAACAGGAAAAGAUCUGCAAAUAUAAAUCUAGAGUCAAUCAACAUUGCAGAGAAAUUUGGGGUUCAGUCUGAUUCUCCUUUUUGCUGCUAUGGCAAAUUCGCUAAUUUGGAGAAGCACAUGGAUGAUUGCAGGAACAAGCUGAUGUUUGCUUGUUGUCUGUGCAGUGUGGCAUGUGAGACUGAAGAGCUGCUGAUGAAGCACAUGAUCGCAAAACACCCAGCAGCUGGGUAUAUCUGUGCGUUCUGCCACAAUGUUUUCCCUAGACUGGACAAUUUCAAAAAUCACAUCUGUAGGAAAAGACCUACAGGAGAGACGAACUUGCCGGCCACCUCGGUAUCCCAUUUACCCAUAGUGCCUUUAUCUAAUAGCAGCGGUCAGGGAAGACCAUCUGCCCCUACUUUGUAUUCCAAUCAGAAUACCAUUAAAUUUAUCCAAAUAACUCCGACAGCGAACAAAGUUUCAACAGCUCCUGAUCCUCCACCUGCGGUGGCCACAUUGGGAUCAACCAAAGUUCUGACGCUGCAACACCUGCUUCAAACAACUCCCCUGGGCACUGCUAAGGUGACCAAUUUGGUUCCACAAGUUGUGGCUAUGCCACAAACUCUUGUUAGGCCCAAUUUCCUUCCAAGUUCUUGUGUUGCUCGCCCGAAAGUUCCUGUCCAUACACCUUCUGUAGUGCGUCCCUUGCUGUCAAAUCCGGCCAGGAUGACUCUUCGUAUCCCUACCCUUUCCAAUCCACCUCUUCCAACUUCAGUCAUCGUAUCCUUCUCACCCACUGUGAACGUCUCUUCACCCACUUUUGUGUCAUCCAACAAACCUGUUCUGAGACAAAAAUCAGUGGCUAAUAUUAGACCUCUACCUGUAAAUGUCCUGCCGAUGACCUCAGUCACCUUUCCCACCCUGGUGAGUGCUCUUACCGGGAACAACCAUCCUCAGAUUCCUCCUGCCCAGGUUCAGGCUCCGUUAAAAGUAGUGGCCAUGUUUAUGAAUCAAAGCAGGGAUUUGGCUCUUCAGAAGCGACGCGAGGAGAGCUGGCGCUCCAAGACCAUCUUCCCCUGCCGUCACUGCGGUGCCGUCUCGAGACAACCAUCGCUGAGGGUGCGUCAUCGCUACUUACAUCGCGGAUCAAGGUUGUACAGAUGUCAGUGCGGAAGGUCGUUCCAGCAACAGCUGCAUUUGCUGAGGCACCAGGUCCAGCACGCGGAGUCGGUCCGAUUUGUUUGUGCACGGUGUGGAAAUACGUUCGAAGGGGCGCAUAAAUUGACCUGGCACAAACGGAAGCAUAAAAAAGGCAAGCAAGCGAAAAAGAAAUGCAAGGCGGCUUUUGACUGUAGCUGUGGACAGAUGUUUGCAAGGCCGUCUGCACUGUUGUGGCAUAUGCUUAAAAACUCUAAACUUUCUAAACGCAGUAGAAAAAUCUCACAAUCUGUCUCUCUAAGAAUUGUUUGUAAAUGA